AUGAAGUCACGCUGGAUUGUGUUCGCUUUGCCUAUUCUGGUGUUCCUGAUGUGGAUCCCAAUGUCACUGAGCUGUAACAAAGCACUCUGUGCUAGUGAUGUGAGCAAAUGCCUUAUUCAGGAGCUAUGCCAGUGCCAGCCUGGAGAAGGCAACUGCUCGUGCUGUAAGGAGUGCAUGCUUUGUCUGGGCGCACUUUGGGACGAGUGCUGUGACUGUGUUGGUAUGUGCAAUCCUCGAAAUUACAGUGACACACCUCCGACGUCGAAGAGCACUGUGGAGGAACUGCAUGAGUCCAUCCCAUCACUCUUCCGGGCCCUCACUGAAGGGGACACUCACCUAAACUGGAACAUUGUCUCAUUUCCCGUGGCAGAAGAGUUGUCCCAUCAUGAAAAUCUGGUUUCGUUUUUAGAAACUGUAAACCAGCCACACCACCAAAAUGUGUCUGUUCCCAGCAAUAAUGUUCACGCACCUUAUGCCAGUGACAAAGAGCGUAUGUGCACUGUUGUCUACUUUGAUGACUGCAUGUCCAUCCAUCAAUGCAAGAUCUCUUGUGAGUCCAUGGGGGCUUCCAAGUACCGCUGGUUCCACAACGCCUGCUGUGAGUGCAUUGGGCCCGAGUGCAUCGACUACGGCAGCAAGACCGUUAAGUGCAUGAACUGCAUGUUUUAG